CAAGAGAGAGGAGACUGAGGAACCUGGAAAAGCGCGGGGGGGGAGGCGAGAGGGAGCAGAGCUCUUUGGUUGGGACCAGCAAUGGCGGAGGAAGCUCACUUUGAAGAAGAAGCACUGGAGAAAACGGUCUUGUCUCCGAUACCCGAGUCCAUGGAAGUCACAGCUGGCGCCGACUCUUCUCCCGGCGAGGGUUCCGAAUCGGACUCCGACUCAGAGUCAGACUCCGACUCUGAAGCUAAUGACAAGCUCCAAGUUCAAACCCUAGAAUCUGAGCUCUACGACAAUCCCUCCAACUACGAUGCAUACGUCCAGUACGUGAAGCUUCUGAGGAGAAUGGGUAAUAUCCAGAAGCUCAGACAGGCUAGAGAAGCUAUGAGUGCCCUCUUCCCUUUAACCCCUACGAUGUGGCAAGAAUGGGCCCAGGAUGAAGCUUUCUUCAAUUCCGGACCUGAUGCCUGUCCUGUGAUAGAGAAGCUUUAUGAACGAGGGGUCUCUGAUUAUCUGUCUGUUCCUCUUUGGUGUGACUAUGUAAAUUUUGUUCAAGAAAAUGAUCCUUCAGUUCGUGAAUGUUCACCUGCUGGCAUAUCGAGGGCAAGAAAUUUAUUUGAGCGUGCUAUUACUGCGGCUGGCUUGCAUAUGACUGAAGGCAAUAAAAUAUGGGAAGCUUAUCGCGAAUUUGAGCAAGCCAUAUUACAUACUAUCGAUGAGUCUGAUACUGAGGCUAGAGAAAAACACGUUCAGCGUAUCCGUAGCUUAUUUCACCGUCAAUUGUCCAUUCCCCUUGUGGAUUUGGAGUCUACUCUUCUUGCUUACAAAACUUGGGAGGUGGAGCAGGGGAAUGCUUUUCUUCUUGAAUCUGCUGAGCUGGAUAAAAUAUUUCCUCACGUUUCUUCUGCAUACAAGAAGGCUGUUGAUAUGUUUCAUGUCCGUGCUCAAUUUGAAGAGAAGAUAUCUCAGCAGGAUUUAUCAGAGACUGAAAGACUUCAACAUUAUCUUGUCUACUUGAAAUUUGAACAGUCUAUGCAAGACCCAGCACGGGUCAAUGUUCUAUUUGAGCGGGCUGUUGCAGAUUUUCCUAUAUCGGCUGAUCUAUGGCUUGAUUACACUCACCACUUGAACAAAACAUUGAAGGUGGGUAAUAUUGUGAGGGAUGUUCAUUUGAGGGCCACAAGGAACUGUCCCUGGGUUGGCGAGCUUUGGGUUAGAUAUCUACUUUGCUUGGAGCGUUGUCGUUCUUCUGAGACCGAGAUAUCUGCUGUGUUUGAGAAGUCCUUGCAGUGUACUUUUUCAACCCUGGACGAGUACCUGGACUUGUAUCUUACUCGAGUCGAUGGCCUGAGAAGAAGAAUUUCAUUUGCUGGGGAAGCUAAGGACCCCUUGGACUAUAUAUCAAUCCGAGAAACCUUUCAGCGAGCUUCGGAUUACUUGUCUCCACACCUGAAGAAUACAAAGACUUUGUUGCAUUUGCACACUUACUGGGCUCGAUUAGAGGCAAAGUUGGGGAACGAUUUAGUUGCCUCUCGUGGAGUGUGGGAGAGCUCGCUCAAAAUCUGUGGCUCCAUGUUAGAAGCCUGGCAGGGUUAUAUAGAUAUGGAGAUUGAAUUCGGCAAUAUAAGUGAAGCCAGAUCAAUCUAUAGGAGAUGCUAUAGUAAAAGGUUUCCCGGUACAGGAUCAGAGGAAAUAUGCCAAUCAUGGUUACGCUUUGAGAGGGAAUUCGGGAAGUUGGAAGAUCUUGACCAUGCUGUACAGAAGGUGACUCCACGCUUGGAAGAGCUUCAGUUAUUCGCGGCGCAGCAGGAACUCAAAGUAACUGAUCAGAAAGAAAAUAACAUCAAGAAAGGUAUUCGUGAGAAGAGAAAGUCCACCACUGACAUGACUGAUGAAGAAUCUCCUGUGAAGAGGCAAAAGGAGAGUACAAGGCCUAAGAAAACUAAUGGAAAUAAUAAAUCUCGACCAGAAAAUGCAGCUGAAUUAGGUGAAGAUCAGGACAGCAAAUCAAAAGCUGAUGAAGCAGAUAAAGUGCAUGAACAAGGGAAGAAAGACACACACUCUGACAAGCCUAAAGUAUUCACAGAUCAGUGCACCGCAUUUAUAUCAAACCUUGAUCCUAAGACUACCAAUAACCAUCUUCGAGAAUUCUUUACUGACGUCGGAGGGGUGACGGCUGUGCGCAUUCUGCAUGAUAAGUUCACAGGAAAAUCAAGGGGACUGGCCUAUGUCGAUUUUGUUGAUGAUGAACACCUUGCCGCUGCGCUGGCAAAGAAUAAGCGGAUGCUGCUAGGAAAGAAAUUGAGCAUUGCUCGUUCUAAUCCAAAGAAAGGUCGGAAAGAUUCUGCAGGUCAUGGAGCAGCCUCAGGUGAGCAACCGGGUAAAGUCGGGAAAUCUGCUUUAAAUGAUGCUGUGGAGACCUCCCAGGAGGAGCCAAGGUUACCUCCUAGACCCGAGUCUGCAGCACAUAAGCGGGGACUAGAGGAUGUCCCAUUGAAAGGGAAAAACACUUUUGCGACGCCUCGAAGCGUUAAGCCGCUAGGUUGGUCUGCAAGUAAGCCUAAAACUACCAAUGAAGGGGAAGAGGAGAACCCCAAGUCCAACGACGAGUUCAGGCAAAUGCUUCUGAAGAAAUGAUGCUGUCUUGACCCCAUUUAGCCUCGGAAUGUUUCUCAGGAUUGUUACAUGCUUUAUGGUGGAUCUACUGAAUUUUCGGUAAGGUAUAGAAACACUCACUCUUGAGAAUAAUUAGAAGAUCAUCUCCAGACUUUCCACUGUACAACUCUCUUUGGAUGAGAUGAAGAUGAUCUUGAAUUUUACAUCCAAUAGAUUUGUCUCGUCCA